UGUUAAUCUAAAAUGCGAGGGGGGAAGGGAUCCUCCCCUGGUCGGCUGCUAUGAAUUAAACAAUUUUAGUUACAUUCUAAAUUUUGAAUUUAUGAUAUGUCAAAAUAUUUCUAUGUUUUAAAAACAGCUGAUAAAUCAGUAUUCAGUACGCAAUAAAUAUUUUUGUAGUUAAUAUCUCGUGCUAAAUACUUGAUCAGCUAAAUGCGCUAUAUCAGCACGAGAAGCUUAUCACGAAAAGAGAUCCUUAACUUUGAAGAUAUUCUAUUUACUGGUUAUGCAAAAGAUGGUGGACUUUACAUUCCAGAAUAUAUACCCAAAAUAACUCAAGAAGAUUUAAAAAUAUGGAAAGGUUAUUCUUAUCUAGAGAUCUCAUUUGAAAUAUUAAAAUACUACAUAUCUGAGGAUGAGAUUCCAUAUGAUAUCCUAAAAAAAUUACUUAGAAAAGCCUUUUCAAAAUUUGAUAUACCAGAGAUUAUAAGAAUGAAUUACCUUAAUGAUGGUACUAAUAUAUUAGAAUUGUUUCAUGGUCCUACUUAUGCAUUUAAGGAUUUGUCUAUGUCAUGUAUAGGACAGUUUAUGCAAUAUUUUCUUGCAAAGAACAACAAAAGGGUAAUAGUUUUAGUAGGUACAUCUGGAGACACAGGGGGAGCGGCUAUAGAAGCUAUUAAAGGCUUACCCAACAUAAAUCUGAUAGUGUUACUGCCCGACAAAUUAUGUACCGAGAUUCAAGAAUUGCAAAUGACUACGGUCUUAGAUCCGAAUAUUCACAUUUUCAAAGUGGAAGGAACGUGCGACGACCUAGAUGUCCCGAUUCAUAAAUGUUUUCAAGACCCUUCCUUAACUGAUAAUCCUAAUUUUACCUUAUGCUGCAUAAAUUCCAUAAACUUAGUCAGGGUCUUGGUUCAAAUAGUGCACCACGUUUACGCUUACAUAAAGGUGUCCUCCGUCGAUUGGUGCCCUUAUCAGAACAAGAAAUCUCAAAUUAUGGACAUAGAGAGCGACAUGUAUUCUUCCACUUACCAACAUCUUGAUUUGGCCGGACUAGGGUCAGAGGAUCUUUCUAGUGCUUCUCCCAACUCGCCCGUUACCACUUUUAGCACGCCCCAAUUUAAUUUUGAAUUUUCGAAAAAAAACGACCCAUUAGUGAUGAAUAUCGACAAACACUCAAUUUCUAAUUUCGAAGAGGAUAAAGAACGAAUCGAUAUUAGCGGUGAUCAAGAUAAUGUUGGUCUACGGCAAAAAAAAGAAGUAAAAAUAGAUGAUAAAGGCGGACAAAGUGCGAGGAAGGAAGCCUAUAGAACCCAAUGGAAAGCAACUGGCCCUAGUUCGGAAAAUAUUGUAGAGAUAGUUGUUCCCUCAGGGGCUGGAGGAGACGCCAUGGGUGCUUGCUUAGCUAUACAAAUGGGAAUACCUUUAAAAAUAACGAUGGCCGUUAACGCUAAUGACGUGAUAGCCAGAACUAUUAAUAGAGGGGAUUUCUCUUCCCAAAAACCUUUUCAGCAAACCCUCUCGGUCUCAAUGGAUAUACAAUGUCCUUUCAAUAUGGAAAGAAUAUUUUAUAUUUACAGCAAAAGAAACGCCGACCUCACCGCUAAAAUAAUGAACGAUUUCGAAAAAUACCAUAAUGUUUCCAUACCACCAGAUCUUUUAAACGAAAUUCAAAAAGAUCUAAGAGGCUAUGCAUGCGAUGAUGAAGUGGUUAGAAGGACUAUAUUACGAUGUUGGAAAGAUGAUGAUUACAUACUUUGUCCCCACACAGCGGUUGGAGUGGCAUAUUAUUACGAUCGCAAGGAUGAAAAAGCCCUCCAAUAUCCUGUUAUAUGCAUUUCGACUGCGUCUUACGUUAAAUUUCCGGAAUCCAUAGUUACCAUCAAAAAUUUCAUAGAGUCACAAAGUCAUCAUAAAAACGAAAACGACGGGGAGGAGGAAAAAGAAAUUCAAAGGGAAAACAAAGACAAGAAAGAAAAGGUUUUGGAAAGCGAUCAAAGAUUUAAUUUACUUCAACAUAUGCCCACCAAAAUUGUCAAACUUAAAGAGUUACCUACCAAAUUUCAGCUACUCAAGAAAGGCGACGAUUGGUUUGAGCCCCUUAAAGCUAAGAUCCUUGAAAUUUCUGGGGAAUAGCCCAAACUAUAUGAAUAUAAUUAUUAAUAUUUUAAGCUUAAAUAUAUUUGUUAUAUUGAAGUAAAUUCAUUUAUCGUAAUUGAAAUAUUUUUUUAAAAAAUCUUUUGACGAAUUGGAUAUAGUUUAUAUGUAGUUAAAUUAUUUAUAUAUUUCUUAUAUAUUAUUAUUUUUUUAGACUAAAUUUAUAUUAAAAAAAAUUUAAUUUUAAAAAA